AUGAAGGAUCCGAAGGUCUCCAGUCAUUCAGAAAAUGCGCCAAACCCUCUCGAGGAUCUCGAGGAUGGCAACAGCGACAGCAACUCUGUGGAAUCUAUCUCCGAUGAUGACGGUCCACACAUUCUGGAAAAAUUUGUCAAACCCAUUCCGAAGGCUUUAGCAACCCGGCCUCCCCAAGCCCAGGCCCCCCCGACUCCAGAGCAGACAACCAAUUCCAAUAUUUCCGUGCCAAUCCGACCUAGUCCUUCUUCCGCCAAGACUCAUGCGCCAGCUGUGCCUCCUCCAAGUUCCUCGCAAAGCUUCUCGCUACUCGUACCCCUCUCGCAGACAAAAUCAGCAUCGGAGCACAAGGCUCGCAAGCGGGCCCUGUUGGAAGAGUUGAAGAAGAGCACCAAUGUUGCCAAAACUCGCUUGCCCGAAGUCGAGAAAUAUUUCGGCCAGACAGGCUUCUCCAAAACCUUCGCGGUUGAUGAACAAGAGCGCGAACGUCUGCUGCGGCUCGCACCCAUCAAGAAGAAGAAGUUUGAUCCUAGCAAGCUUGUGCUUGAUCGAGGCAAUUUCAGCAACCUGCGCAUUUCCGACGAGGAAAAGAAUGAGCGCCCUCAGCACCCCAAAGAAAUGCUCAAAAUCAUCUACGAGAAGCGUUUCGCUGAACACACCGGUACGCCUCUCAGAUUCCGCAACGACAUUAAUGAUGUUCGCAUCGAUGGAAAAUUCCAGUUCAUGAGUGCCUAUGUGAUCCGUGACGGUGUACGUCAGGCUCCACUCACCACUAAUCGUGGCUGCAGCUGCACUGACACCUGCAACCCGGAUAAAUGCGAAUGUCUCAUAAGGAGGAUCCAGGUCCUCGAUGAAAACCAUAACAUCAUAGAGACCAAGACAAUCAGCACUUACAUUGCUCAUCCCUCCGAUCCCUCCAUCACGGUCUUGCACCCUGACUACAUAGCGAACGAGCUCAAUCCCACUGUUCAACACUUCGAAAUCACUGAAUGCAACGAGGUGUGCAGCUGCGGCCCUCACUGCCCUAAUCGUGUCGUUGGCCGUGAGCGAACUUUGCCUUUGGAGAUAUACAUGACGGAGCGCUGCGGUUUUGGCGUACGUUGCCCAACUAAGAACAUCCUGAAGGGGCAAUUUAUCGAUGUGUAUCUGGGUGAGGUCAUCACCGAAGCUGAAGUCCGGAAGCGCGAGUUCAUCAAGCACCCAGAGGCCCCAAGCUAUGUGUACAGCCUGGAUUGGUUCACCAACACCAACUGUUACCACGUUGACGGCGAGUAUUUUGGCAGUGCGAUGCGAUUCGUCAACCACUCAUGCUCGCCUAAUGCCCGCAGCUUCCAGGUUCAGACUCAUCGGGGGGACAAACACGUCUACCACCUCGCAUUAUUUGCCAUCCGCGACAUUCCGGCUGGAGAGCAGAUCACCAUUGAUUAUUGCCCCCAAGAGGCGUUGGCUGAGGAUGUCACAAUUAGUGGCUCUCAAGAGGAUGGCGACGGCGAGGGUAAAGGGAAAGGCAAGGCUAAGAGCGUGGAGUUGCCCGGACCCGUUGUUGAGGAAGAGGAAGGCCGUUCGCGCUGUCACUGUGGUUCCAGCAACUGUCGAACCUGGCUCUGGCGAGGACCAGGAAGGAAGAGAAGAAAGAGAACGGUUAAGACCAGCUGA